AUGGAUACUCUCUCCGAGUUGGUCGAGAAGAAAAGGCUCUUCCACCGAUUUCAACAUCCCUAUACCAUCCAUGUCUCCCUCGAUCUGGGCCAUGAUGGAGAACAUCAGCCCGAAGUUCAGAAGUGGAGAAGAGAACAGGGGAUAGGGGCCGGCGGGGGAGGGAAAGUCUUUCUUGAAGUUCUUGAAGUUCAAACCUCCGAAGCUGGACAACCAGCCAAAUAUAAGUUCCGUGCAGUGAAAGAGAUUGCAAGGAGUGGAGUGACGGAUCAAACGUACAAGCGCGAGCUCAAGGCGAUCUUCAAUUUCUCUCAGAAAAAGUACAACGACUUGUUCGUCGAGUCGUAUGGCUGGUUCCACACCGAUGAUACCGUCUUCAUUGCCAUGGAAUACUUCAAAAACGGCGACCUCGGACAGCACUUGCAGCACUUGCAGCACUUGGGCAAGCCACUCCCUGUUUUGGAGGCUCAACAGAUUGCCGUUCAGAUCUUGGAGGGACUUUAUUUUAUGCAUUCCGAAGGCUUUACACACAGGGACUUGAAGCCAGCGAACCUGCUGGUUGUAAGCUCGCAACCCUGGAGAAUCAAGAUCGGCGACUUCGGACUCUGCAAACAGGUUUUGGGAGAUUUGACGUCCCUUCGUACCGAAGCCGGAACCCCUUUGUGGGCGGCCCCUGAAUACUUUUAUUCAAAUGACCAAACAGGACAUUACACCAGCGCUGUUGACAUCUGGUCAUUUGGUGUCAUUGUCUUUUAUAUGCUCACUGGAAAGCGCCCAUUUCUAGGCACUAUUGAUGUGAUUGAGUUUGGCCGAGGUCAGGCUAAGUUCCCAGAAUCUGCUAUUGAUACUGACAAGGCUGGUGCCAAUUGUGUGGACUUUCUAAAAAAAACAAUUGCACCCAAGCCAGAAGAUCGUUUGAGUGCGUAUCGUUCCUUGGAACAUCCCUGGCUGAGGGAAUAUCGAGAGAGUUCUUCCCUUUUGAAACCGAUUGGGAAAGUCAGUUCCACAUACACAUCACCUGUUUUGCCUGCGAGUGGCUUCGGAUCCAGCAAGAACAAGAAAUCAAACGCCUCUUCUGACAUCAAAUCGCCCUCGGCCUCUGGAAGUUGGAGUUUUCUUGACAACACUCAGCCCAAAAAUGCAACAGUGAUGCCAGGAAGAAACGGCACCGACUCCGCACUCAAAUCGCCCAUUUUGCCUGUUAGCGACUCGAGAUUCAGUAUAAAAAACACCCCAGAAGUCGGUUCCAACAUCAAAUUCCCUUCGGCCUCGGGAAGUUGGGGCUUUCUUGGUAAAACCCAGCCCGAAGAUGUGACAGUGAUGCCAAUAAGACAUGGCACCAAUACCACAAUCAAAUCACCCACUUUGCCUGUUAGUGACUUCAAAUUCAAUGGGGGAAAGACUCCUGAAGUCGGUUCUAACGACACACCCUCGUCGACCUCUAGAACCCGGGGCUUAAUAAAGGGUUUUAUUAAUCGAGUUCGGCCCAAAGAGACAAAUUUGGCACCAAACAAAGAAGCAUCUAGCUUUACAUUCACAACACCGACUUCACCUCACAAUGGCCCCAGAUUCAGUGAAAAGCAGACCUCAGAACUCUGUUCUGACGGCAAACCCUCUUCAAUUCUUGGAACUCGGGGCUCUAUUGAUCGAGCUCAGCCCAAAGAGGCAAGCUUUGUACCAAGUAAAGAAGCGUCUAGCUUUACAUUCACAACACCGAAUUCACCUCGCAAUGGCCCCGGAUCCAGUAAAAAGCAGACCUCCAAACUCCGUUCUGAUGACAAGCCCUCUUGGGUCUCCACUCGCCCCAAGAAUUUUGAUGAAACUCAGUCCAGAGUAAAACUGGCGAAGAAGCCCAGACCUCCCCCAGGAAAACCAACCGACGAUGGCUAUGUUGAUAUCGGCGAUUACAGCGAUACUAGUGAUAAUAGCGACACUAGUCAUCCUAACGAUACUCGCAAUACUCGCCGUCCUAGCGAUACAGGAUUUGAAUCUUCAAUACAAGAAGAACCAAUAGCCAGCUGGUGGGGUUAUACUAAGAAGCCAAACAAAGACAUGAGAGCUAGCCCAGUGCUUGGCCCCUUGUGUUUAGGGGUCAAUCUAUGGCUGAGGAGGCAUUCCCAGGACGCAAAGUUCCCCGAAGUGGACAAGUUGAGGGAUCAAGUCAUACGUGGGAACUGGACAGCUGUGGUUCUUCUCGCGCGCACCCUUAUAGAACAGGCCCAAUCCCAUCCAAGCUAUGGCGAUUUCCAAUGCUGCCUAGGAUUCGGGCUGUUUUAUAACUGUGAAUUUAAAGAGGCGGAAUCCGUCUUUCACAAAGCCCAAAAAUUACGGCGCAGUACCAGAGACUACACGGUUUGUGUGAUGCUCGCCGAAAUUGCGUUUGAGCAGGGUCACCGAGAUAAAGCCAUUUCAAUCGUACGGCAGGCUUUAGACGUGAGGCUCAAAGAUCCGUUUGCACUUCAUGAGAAUCUCCUCACCGUACAAUAUGUCCUUGGUGAUUUACUGGGACGUGAUCUCAAGACGCAGUCGGAAGCAGUGAACAUCCUCACGGAUGUGAUUUCGCAGACUCAGAGUCUCCAUGGACCAAAUACUCCGAAUGAGGCCUACGCCUUCGCCUCGCUAGCUGAUUGCUAUUCUCUGAGUCAGGAUUGGACGAUGGCAGCUCACUUUCUCCGGAAGGCAAUCGCGACCAAAGCAUAUAGCAAGGGGUUGAAUUGGAAAUCUAAGCUCCUGGAUUGCUAUGGCCGAGCAGGCCAAAAAGAGGAGGCGUUGAUAUACUUCCGGAAUGAUUUGAAAGAUGUGACCAAGGAGCAUGGCACUCACAACAUACAGUUUUUGGAAUCACAAUUUGUGCUUAUGAAAUUACUUGCGAGUUGGAAAUUGGGUGAUGAGGCAAGGGAAUUGGGCAACAAUAUUGUACGUCUCCGUCGGGAACUUAAAGUUGAAAAUGAGGUAUGGCCUGCAUGGUUGGAGGAUUUGAACUCCUCUGUGGGUGAGUAUGAGGAUCGCAAGAAGCAACCGAGCGAAGAAGAGAAGUCGACAAGAGAUAAACGCACUCCCAUUAGCACUCCUAUUGAAGAUUGGAAGAACCCAUUUCCCAAUGAUCCUUUUCGGUUCAUCGGACAUAGAAGGGGAGGUCCUAAAGUGAAGCGAAAAUGA